UUGGCUUCCAGCCGUUGAUUUUGAAAAAGAUUCAAGAGAUAUUCCUUCUUGGAUAAACCCUAAAAACAGAACAUGGCGAUGGUGCUCAAGCUCUCUCCCGCGUCGAGUGUCGGUCCGAUUGGAUCGCGCAUCUCGCUGCAUUGCUCUUCUUCUUCCUCUCCUCCAGGCGCGAUUUUCUUGCGCAGGAGGAGAUCGAUUGUUUCUGCCAGCUCGUCGGCGGCGUCUGCGAAUUCGUCGCGAUCUUCGUCUCCGGCGCCCAGUCUCAGUGAUUUGGUGUGGCCAUCGGCAGGCGCGUUUGCGUCCAUGGCCGCGAUGAGCGUCCUGGACAAGCAUCUCCAGCAGAAGGGGCUCUCCUUCCUCAUCGCUCCUUUCGGCGCCGUGUGCUGCGUGCUCUUUGCCACUCCCAAUGCUCCGGCAGCUCAAAGAUAUAACGUGUUGAUGGCACAUAUGGGCUGUUCUUUGAUCGGCGUGUUGGCUCUAGCGGCAUUUGGCCCUGGAUGGAUGGCCAGAAGCGUUGCUCUCUCGGCUUCCAUCGUGUUUAUGGAGAUCACGAAGUGUCUCCAUCCUCCAGCUGCUGGACUGCCACUGCUCUUCAUCGAUGGACCCAAGUUCCAUCACCUACAGUGGUGGUACAUCCUAUUCCCGAGCACACUGGGCUGCCUUUUGCUAAUUGUCAUGCAAGAAGCUGUCAAGUUUCUCAAAGACAACGCAAAAUUUUAAUCCCAUUCAGUGGCAUCUACAAAUAACUGCUCGAAUGCAAUAGAAGACAACAACAGACUGGAGCGCUUGCUCACAGCCGGGUGCCAAA